GAGCUUUUCUAGUUCAAAAGCCUAACUUGAAUGUUCACAUAAACACGCUUAAUCGCUUAUGUAUGCAACGAAAAACACACCUAAUCUCCCUCUCUCUUAUUAGAUCCUCGUUUUCUCUCUCUAACCCAAACGAAAAUGCUAACGACUUUUACUACUCUAACGGACACGUUCCAUGUAAAUUCAGCACACCCCCACUUCACCAAUUUAGCUCCUUUUUCAUAAAAAUCCUUGCUUUCCCUGUUGGGUCUGUUUCAUUUUCAUCUUCUGGUUUUGGAUCAUUUAGCACCAGACAGACAUGGCUCUUGAGUCUGCUCCUGCUUCAGCUGACAUCAGAGGAGUUCACACUCAUGGUGGACGCUAUGUUCAGUACAAUAUCUAUGGAAACCUCUUUGAGGUCUCUAGGAAGUAUGUUCCUCCUAUUCGCCCUGUGGGAAGAGGAGCAUAUGGUAUUGUUUGUGCUGCUGUAAAUGCAGAGACACGUGAAGAAGUUGCCAUUAAGAAGGUUGGCAAUGCAUUUGACAACAGAAUAGAUGCCAAAAGGACUCUACGAGAAAUUAAACUUCUUCGGCACAUGGAUCAUGAAAAUGUGAUAGCCCUUAAAGACAUUAUACGACCACCACAGAGGGAUAACUUCAAUGAUGUGUACAUUGUUUAUGAGUUAAUGGAUACUGAUCUGCAUCAAAUAAUUCGAUCCAAUCAACAAUUGACUGAUGAUCAUUGUCGGUAUUUUCUUUAUCAGUUGCUACGAGGACUCAAAUAUGUACACUCAGCAAAUGUUCUGCACCGUGAUCUAAAGCCUAGCAACUUGCUACUGAAUGCCAACUGUGAUCUUAAGAUUGCAGACUUUGGUCUCGCUAGAACUACAUCUGAGACUGAUUUCAUGACUGAGUAUGUGGUUACUCGGUGGUACCGAGCUCCAGAGUUACUUCUUAAUUGCUCAGAAUAUACUGCCGCCAUCGAUAUAUGGUCUGUGGGUUGCAUCCUUGGUGAAAUCAUAACAAGACAACCCCUAUUUCCGGGGAAAGAUUAUGUUCAUCAGCUCAGGCUGAUUACAGAGCUCAUAGGCUCACCUGAUGACCAUAGCCUUGGAUUUCUACGAAGUGAUAAUGCUCGUAGAUAUGUGAGACAGCUUCCACAAUAUCCAAGGCAACAAUUUGCUACUAGAUUCCCAAGUAUGUCUCCUGGUGCUGUUGAUUUGUUAGAGAAGAUGCUUGUCUUUGAUCCAAAUAGGCGCAUUACAAUUAAAGAAGCUCUGUGUCACCCAUACUUGGCACCUCUUCAUGAUAUUAAUGAGGAACCUGUUUGCGUUAGACCUUUCAGUUUUGAUUUUGAGCAACCAUCUUUCACUGAAGAAGAUAUCAAGGAACUCAUCUGGAGAGAAUCUGUGUUAUUCAAUCCUGAUCCACCUAUUUAUUGAAAUUUUGCAUUUACUAUCGUCUGUGCAUAGUGAAAAAUACUUUUUGACUGGAUUACAACACUACCGAGGAGUUGUUGGUUCUCUACAGAAGUAAUUAACGUAUUGGAUAUACUGAGAUUUUUUUGGUAAAUUAUAUUUGAGAUUUAAUGAGGUUUUGUGAGGUGUAUUUCAUUUGAUUAUUAUUUAACAUUCUCGGAUAAUUUUAUUGUUGAGAUGUACAAUUGGAGUAAUCAGAAGCCAAUUAGCAUUACUUUAAGGUUUCAGCAGGAAUAUCCAUGGGCUCUGGCUCCUUGUUGCUUGUUGGUGUAUUUCUAUCCUUCAGCUUAGACUAGGACAAACACUUUAGUGCAGUUAACUGAUUCAGUCAGUUUCUCCAUCCUUUAGAAUGUAGACACACAAAUAUUAUGACAAGACACUGUAUGGAUCCAAUUACAAGGUAUGGGACUUGAGUCCUAUAUUGAAACUAUGGGAUUCUAGUGUAGGGUUUAUAUGUUUUUGGGCUUUUCAAUUAUGACAACUAUAUUUUGUGUAGUUCUCUCAAGGUUCUUAUGAGAAAUUUUUCAUUUGUGGGGACCGACA